GAUGGAAAACAUGGACAUGCAAAAGUAACAUUAACUGGAAUUGAUGUUUUCACUGGGAAAAAGUACACUGAUUGUUGUCCUGCUCAUUCUAACAUUGAUGUUCCAGUAAUAAAAAGAGUAGAAUAUCCUCUUCAAGAUAUUGAUGAUGGUUAUUUGAGUCUUCUUAAUGAAGGUGGGUCAUUAAGAAAUGAUAUUAAACUUCCUAAAAAUGAACUUGGAAAACAAAUUGAACAUGAAUUUAAUGAUAAAUCUCUUAUAUGUAUUGUCCAAGUAUUUGGUGAUCAAGAGAUGGUUAUUAGCUACAAAGAAGAUAAAGAUUAA